AUGGACUCAGAUUCAGGUGACGUGCUGGAGCAUAGCGGCACAGCCUGCGCGCUGCAGCCAUCAUCACUACAACAGUCGAAUCUUCAACUACCCACCCACUCUGAUCAAUUGCAGGAAGUGCUGAAACACGCCGAAGACGUCGCAACACAGAAAAUCUUUCCAACAGACGACGAAACAAUUCAUUUCACCAUUUCUCGAGAGUCGUGGUUGGAACUGCGAGAAGACCCUAACUUUGACAGGUGCAUAGAAUACAAAGCAUUUCGAGCCUCAUUCGAUAGCUCACGCUCCCUUGUCACUAUCACAGGCCCUGCAAGCGAGAGACACCACGCUAUUGUUAGAUUGCUUGCCGAUGUCGCGCAUGUGACUCUCGUGGAUAAGACGCCUAUCCGGUGGUAUCCAGUUAUUUCCCACAGGUUUACGGGAGAAUACGAGGAUUCACUAAGGCAACCAGACUUUAGUAUCAGUUGGGAUGAGAGUCUUUUCUACGAGAGAGUUCACACCGUCGUCGAGAUUGGUGUUUCACAGUCUCUCGAAGAGCUCCGGGCUCUGAUACCGCUGCACAUGAAAGGAAACCCAGAAACUCAACGAGUUAUUCUCAUCAAAUUGGCCGAAACUCCGAAAUUUCAAUGUCCGGAAUCAAUCGAUAUCGAUAUCGCCCAGGAGUUUCGGAGAGAUCGGGCAACAGGUGUGAUCUGGUUCGGCAACGCUAAGGUGAUCGGAGAGACGAGGAUCUCAUGGGAGUUGUGGGAACGGGAUGCUGCUGGUGUUCCACAGUCGACCUUUCAUGAGACUUUCGCGUUCGGCGAGAUGCCAUCAAGAAACCUUCCUUUCUUGACAAUCUCCGAAGGUAUCUACGGCGACACAGAAAUCCGGGGAGAAGUGAAUGCUUCUAUUACACCGCAGAUGAUCCAGCAGUUAUGGAGGGAGAAUUGGCCUUUGGCGAGUUGGGGGGAUGCCUCCGUACGGUUAUUCGAUUUGAUAGGUGAGUCGAGACUGAGAGAAGCAAUGAGAGAAGCUCGCGAUAAGGGCCUCGCUGAUGAACUAAACGUGCUGUGCUGA